CAUGCCCUCGCCCUCAAAGGAGGGCUUGUUCUCACGCAUUUUACAUCUUCUUAUUGUCCUUCUUCCUUCCAUUUCGUCCUCUUUCCCACGUCCGUCUUCGCUUCCUGCUACACUCUAAGUAACGCUGCUUUGAUAUCUAUCCCGGUGUCUUUUGCUAUACCUCGCACUGCUCAUCCUCAACUGGUGUCGCAGUACAGACAAAGCCUUACUCCUUACUUCCAGAUAUUCAGAAUGCAAAUAUUAUUUGCGCUCAAUGUCGUGGCAGCUGUGUGUACCUGUGUCGCGAUAGUGUAUCCUGCCAAUUCCGCAGAUACGGUGACGGGUAGAACAAUGAGAUAUAUCCCGAGCUGCUCAGAUGAUCUUCUUGGCUAUCGUUGCAGACAUGCUUGCACCUGUAGCCAAAACACAGGAAGACUACUAUGCCCAACGCCUCUUCCUGGUACCGAUAUUCCAGGCAAACAGUGCUCAAUGGAGGGAUCGCUCCCAGCUGCCGAAUGAAUGUCCUGUACGAGCUGAGUAUAUGCUACCGUGCAAUUGGUGACUGGAAGGACACAGGAACGCAGCAGCUGUCCGUAUCAGCAAUUUUCGUCGCAAAUAUGAACGGAAAAUAAAUUGAAAAGGAGAUUGAUGUCAAA